UCUUGGUGUUUUGAUCAUAGACCUUAAUUUAUAUAGUCAAACUGAGCUGAUUUUGGAAGUCUUAUUUAGGGUUUUCGAAAUGGAAAGGUUUGUGUUUCUCGCAGUCUAUUCUGUUAUGUUCAUCGUUCCAUUCGCCAACAAUGGAGGAAUGGGAAGAGCCAUAGCUACGGGAACACCCGAUGGGUCAGAAAACUGGGGUUAUGUUCAAGUCAGACCAAAAGCACGCAUGUUUUGGUGGUACUACAAAAGCCCAUACAGGAUUGAAAAUUCUACCAAGCCAUGGCCUAUCAUUCUCUGGUUGCAAGGUGGACCGGGAGCUUCGGGUGUUGCAGUUGGAAAUUUUCAAGAAGUUGGCCCUAUUGAUGACAGUUUAAACCCAAGAAAUUCAACUUGGCUCAGACAAGCUGAUCUCUUAUUUGUGGAUAAUCCAGUUGGAACUGGAUACAGUUAUGUGGAAGACAAAAGUUUGUUAGUAAAGACAGAUGUGGAGGCGGCAGCUGAUUUAACUGCCUUGUUGAUAGAGGUUUUCAAUAAUAGGAUUGUCAAAUUGCAAAAAAGCCCUCUCUUCAUAGUGGCAGAGUCCUAUGGAGGAAAGUUUGCCGUUACUCUUGGAUUAUCCGCCCUUGAAGCUAUAGAGAAAGGGAAAUUGAAGCUCAAACUUGGAGGAAUUGCAUUAGGUGAUAGCUGGAUGUCCCCCGAGGAUUACGUGUAUUCUUGGGGGCCUCUUCUUUUUGAUGUUUCGAGACUAGAUGAGAAUGGCCUUAAGAGAUCAAACAGUUUAGCUGAAGAAAUCAAGAACAAAAUUGAUGGUGCCGACUUUAAGAACGCAACGAAGUUAUGGGGCGAACUUGAGGGUGUGAUAGACAACAACAGUAAUGGCGUGGAUGUUUACAACUUCUUGUUGGAUUAUAACUCUGAAGAUGCAUUGGAAUCAACGUCUUCGUACACACAAUCAAACAAGUUGGCAAUGAAACGAUACUCGAGCUACCUACAAUCCUUGAGAAUGAAGAAUAAGCCUUUGGCAAAUGGUGGCGACGGUCCUAUUGACCUUUUCACCUUGAUGAAUGAAACCAUCAGAGAGAAAUUAAGAAUUAUUCCCAAGAACUUCACGUGGGGAGAACAAGAAGAUAGUGUUUUUGAAAAUAUGGUUGGUGACUUCAUGAGACCAAGGAUUGAGGAGGUUGAUGAGCUAUUGGCUAAAGGAGUAAAUAUGACUAUUUACAAUGGACAACUUGAUGUCAUAUGUUCUACCAAGGGAACUGAAUCUUGGAUUCGGAAGCUCAAAUGGAAAGGACUAAAAACAUUCUUAACGAAAGAGAGAACUCCAAUUUAUUGUGGUCGAAGCGGAGGUACAAAAGCGUUCACGAAGUCGUAUCAAAACCUAAACUUCUAUUGGAUUAUUGGAGCUGGUCACUUUGUUCCCGUCGAUCAGCCAUGUGUAUCAUUAGAUAUGGUUCAUAGGAUCACACAGUCACCAGCUUUACUUUAAAAAGUCAACCAUCUCACACUUAUUCAGCAGGAGGAUGGGCUUUUAUAUUUCAUGAUUAACCAUAUACUAUAUGUUUCCCUAUAUAAUCACCCAACUUUAUAUUAGACGAAUUUUAAGGAAAUUUACUAUAUUCACCCUUUAUUCGCCUUUUUGUUAUGGGAGUAAAAAUAUUAUGGUUCAUACUUACU